AUGAGGAGGCCUGGGUCUGAGUUCCUGGAGGGCAGGCUGACCAAUCAGGAGCGGACCCUGGGCAUGCUGCUGGAACAGGCCUUCCGUAUCAAAGAGGACGUCAUCGCCAGCCUGCGCACCACCCAGGGCUCGGUCCAGACAGAGGCCUCGUCCCGCAGACUGCUGGAGAACCACAUCCAGACCAUCACCCAGAUCGUCAAGCAGCUCAGCACUGACAUCGAGGUACUGGAGAACCAGAUCAUCCAGAGGGACAGCGUCUCUUUGGGGACCAGUUUCGCUGUCCAGAGCCUGGAUCAGAAGAACCUGGCGGGAAUAGGAGACCUCCGGGGAAGGGUUGCCAGGUGCGACGCCAGCAUCGCUAAGCUGUCCGGGGACGUGAGCGCCGGGGGAGCGGAGAUCCGCAAACUCCAGCGGGAGAUCCUGGAGGUCCGGUCGGGCGUGGAGCUGCAGUUGAGAGACAUGGAGCUGCAGCUAUCCAAGGCACAGAGGAAGCUGGAAGCCACAUUCCGAGAGCAGGACAGUGGCUUGAAGAACACGCAGGGAGACCUGCAGAGGGAAAUCCAGCUCCUGGAUGCCAAGAUGUCCAGUGGCUUGAAGGAGCUGGGCGAUCAGACGGACAGGCUGAGGCAGUGGACGGAGCAGAAGCUGCGCAGCUCUGCGCAGACGCAGGCGCAGGGCAGUGAGCAGCUGCGCACCCUGCUGCAGAACGGAGUGGAGGAGGCAGAGAGGAGGGUCCAGGAGCGGGCGGACCUCCUGACCGCGCGCCUGGAACGGGCAGAGGGGCAGCUGGAGAAGGAGCGCAAGGCCAACAGGGUGAAGCGCUCCGAGGACAAGCUGAGCGCCCGGAUCAGCAGCCUGGAGAAGAGCCUCUGGGAGGAGCUGGAGCUGAUCAAGAAGGAGUACCGCUCAGGGUUUCAAUCGAUCCAUGAUGCCAUCGACUCCCUGCGGCAGAUCAACGACACCAAGGCCCAGAUUGACAAGGGGCAGCUCCAGAAGGACAUCAGGCAAAUUCGGAGGAAGAUCGUGGGGCUGAAAGACUCGUGA